AUGUGGCGACCGGGCGCGCGUUUCUUGCCCUCGGCGCAAGUGGGCAUUCGCUCAGGCGGGCAGGGUUCUUCGGCGGUAGUUCACGCGCAUCAUAACGUACAAAGCGACUCGGAAGACGACGACGGCUUUGCGCACGUCCACGCCAAGCACGCCUACGAGAAUUUUGACGAGGUUGCGCCGCACGAGAUUGACCCCCUCCGCGAUGUUGCGGCUUCGUUCCUCCUCGAAAUGUUCGAGGAACUCUGGCGAAUUAUGAAGCCGAACGAGUAUCGCGGCGACAACAAAAGCGACCUCCUCGCUCACAUCCACCGACACUGCCUCCCCUCGCUCCUCAAGCACAUCCCGCCUCGGAUCCACCACACCGUCGCGCCCGAAACGGUCUACAUCGCCUGGCUGUACUUUGUCUCCGAUUCGGGCCGGCUCAACUCGAUGGACCGGAUGCAGUACGUCGACUGGGCGCUGAAGGAGCGGUUGCUGCCGACGCCGGGUUGGGAGACAUUGGAGUACUCGGAGGAUGUGAAAGUCGAGACUUGGGCAGACUGCGUCCAGCUGCUCGAGUGGUACAGAUGGACGAAGCUACCGCACAUCAUUGAGCGCAACAAGGCCUUCGGUGUUCACUCGAGACAGGCCGCCGACGGACACGCUACGCAGUACCAACUUGAACGCCAGGCCGCCUACGUCCGGUUUCGCCUCGAAGACCCUCUCGACCCCAUCUCUGCGUUGCUCCUUAUCCGCACGUUUGAAUCCGCCCUCGCAACCAUCAGGCCCGGCACGACCUACAUCGGGAUCAAAGACGCCCUCGUCUCGACUUUCGCCCGCCUCGUCACAGACUUCCGGCCUCCACCUCCCCCGCACUCCUCUUCACGCCGGUCAAACGACCACGACCGCCUCGACGACCACCCCGACCACCCACACACGCACGACGGUCGCUUCCUCUCUCUGCACUUCCAGCCCUCGCGAGACGAACUUUACCGCGGCUUCAUACACGCGCGGUCUCGCCACCCGUCAAGCGUUUCAAGAUAUCGACGACGUCUCGCGUAUCAAGGUUGA